AUGGAUAUAGCUGCCACGCAGCGGCGGCCAAAGAGCCGAGAAAUGCACCAGGUACCACGGGCCCUAAAAGCUAAAGUCAUGCUAUGGACAGACGUAAGCUACCAUGACAUGGAGGAGAUUGACAAAAAGCAGUCCAUUCCUGAUCUGGAGAGCAUUUUAUGCAGUGUUUUCGGAGUUGACCUUCCUGAACCCAGAAGAGGAGUUCUGCUUGAGUUGUAUGUCCAGACUGUGCUUUUUUGCAGAGAGUGUAGCUUCAAAAAAGAACAAACCUCUGCUCUCCUGUCCAUCAUCAACUCCAUUCAUGGGACUAAUGUAGAAACACCACUCAACAACCUAGAACAGUGUUUUGAAUACUGCAAGGAGCUUCUGCUCUGUCACUCAGUCAGGCGACCUCCUUUUAGUAUCAAUCUCUUCAGCUCUGAGGAGGUGAACUGCAUCUUUAACUACAUCCACAACAGCUACAUGAGACACUAUAAACUCUACAAAUAUAUUUUCACUCCACAGGUCAAACUUGAUCUGUCGUUGUCUUACUCUGGGAUUCCAAUUCAGCAUAUGAAUGAUUCUUCUGCUCCAGAUUCCAAAUAUGAACUGAAGGCGCUGAUAGAACAAGAAGUCAGAGAGCAGAUGAUGCUUGUGUCUGGACAACUAGAUCAGCGAGUGAAAGAAAUUGCAGAUCAACACAACAGCGCCUUACAUCCUGUGCAGCCCAACCACAAGGCCAAAAAAUAA